AUGGAGACAGGGGAGACGAAGGAGGAGGCACCGGCGACCGACGCCCCAACCGGCCCGGCGUUGCCGUCGGAUGCGCUCGUCAUCGUGCCCGUGCGAGAUACCGUCCUGUUUCCUGGUCUGGUGCUUCCGGUCACGAUUGGUCGCCCCGGCUCGAUCGCGGCAGCUCAGCAGGCGGUGCGGGAUCGACAGCAAGUCGGAAUACUGAUGCAGCGCGACGCGGAGGUGUCUGAGCCUGCCCCAGGCGACAUGCAUACGGUCGGCACCGUAGCCAACAUCGUGCGCUACGUCACCGCACCCGACGGUACACAGGCCCCUGGUUGCCAGGGGAUUCAGUCCAAAGCAAACACUCACGAACACAGCAGUCAUCACACAGCAGGGGACAUCGACGACCGAUUCACCCUGCCACCCAGGCCGUCAACCUUUUUUCCGCCCCAUCCACUGAACAGCCGCCUCUCCUCCGGUUGCCAGAGUUUUCUCAGCGGGUGGCCAUUUCUUGUUGCCCGUGUCGUGCGCGAGACCGAAUCCGCUGCUCGCACACCUGAAAUCGAAGCCCGGUUUCUCAAUCUUCGAACGCAAGCCAUCGAAGCGAUCGAAUUGCUGCCACAGGCAGCACAGCGCGAGUUGACUGGGAGUGCACGCGCGAAAACUCGAUCGAGUCGCCGGCUGACACUGUGCGAUUUCGCGACGCGGCUACAUGACGUGACGUUGCCCGCCGGGCUCCGAAAAGCAGACCGUGCUCUUGAGACGGUGGACAUCGCCGCUCGCAUUGAGAAGACGCGGACCGCGCUCGACGAACGCCAGCGAGAGGCUCUGCUUCGCGAACAGAUGGCCGCUAUUCAGCGCCAACUUGGCGAAGGCGAGGAGGGCCGGGCCGCCGAGAUGGCGGAUCUCGGUCAGGCCAUCACCGACGCCAAGAUGCCGAAGGAGGUCGAGGAGCAGGCGCGCAAAGAACUACGGCGGUUGCAGCGCAUGCCUGAGUCUGCUGGUGAGUUUGGCAUGGUACACACGUAUCUCGACUGGUUGACCGAGCUGCCCUGGAGUUUGCCGGAAGAGAGCCCAAUCGAUAUCACCGAGGCACGGCGGAUCCUCGACGAGGAUCACUAUGAUCUCGACAAGAUCAAGCGGCGAAUUGUCGAGUACCUCGCCUCGAUCGCCCGUGCCAUGAACCGCAAGUUCGUCCGGGUGAGUCUUGGCGGUGUGCACGACGAGGCGGAGAUUCGCGGUCACCUGCUCGCACCUACCUCGCGCACGCUGCCUGGGAAACAGCAUCAACUUACAUGCUGUGCGAGCUCUCGAAAGACGCCGGUUCUUGCGCAAUUGCUGACUGAUGCUCGACGAGACUCGACCAGUUCGGUCGGAGCCGGGUAUUCAGGUGACCCAGCGCGCUGCGCUAUAUUGGACGGUCUCGUAUCCGAGCAGAACCAUACCUUCCGCGACAAUUAUCUCGGGGUGCCGUUUGACCUGAGUCGAGUGGUGUUUCUCACCACAGCCAAUAUGCUCGAGAACACUCCCGGUCCACUGCGAGAUCGCAUGGAAGUCAUCAGCCUGCCUGGCUACACGGCCGAUGAGAAACUGCAGAUCGCCCGGCGUUAUCUGGUUCGCCGACAGAUGGAAGCCAAUGGUCUCAUGCCGGAUCAGGUUGACAUCACCGACGAAGCGAUCAGCGAGAUCAUUCAGCAAUACACGCGUGAGGCUGGCGUCCGUAAUCUGGAGCGCGAAAUCGGCAGGACGCUGCGUCACACAGCCGUACGCAUCGCCGAGGGCGACGCCGGCCCAGUCUCGGUGAGCCGCGAGGCGCUCGGUACGAUCCUGGGCCCCCCGCAGUUCGAAAGCGAAGUGGCGAUGCGGACGUCGGUGCCAGGUGUGGCGACCGGUCUGGCCUGGACGCCUGUCGGUGGCGACAUUCUGUUCAUAGAGGCGACUCGUGUGCCGGGACACGGAAAGCUCAUCCUGACUGGCCAGCUUGGUGAUGUCAUGAAGGAGAGCGCACAGGCGGCGCUGAGCCUGGUCAAGAACCAAGCCGCGCAGCUCGGGAUCCACGAAGAUCGGUUCGAGACUGGCGAUAUUCACGUCCAUGUGCCCGCGGGUGCGACGCCGAAGGAUGGGCCGAGCGCCGGUGUCGCGAUGUAUAUGGCGCUGGCCUCGCUCAUGACCGACCGCACCGUGCGUAGCGACACCGCGAUGACCGGCGAGAUUAGCCUGCGCGGUCUGGUUCUGCCCGUUGGUGGGAUCAAGGAGAAGGUCAUCGCCGCGCACCGAGCGGGAAUUCAGCGUGUGAUGCUGCCGGCGCGGAACCGGAAGGACUUCGAGGACAUUCCCGAAGGCGCUCGCAUGCAGCUUGAGUUCGUAUGGCUUGAUCGUGUCGAGCAGGCCGUCGAAUCGUCACUGGAAUCGGCCCCCGCCCCGGCGUCAGCUGUCGGCGCGACGAAAGCGGACGCGUAA